UUUAACCCUGCCUUCCCUCUCCAGAUUUAUUUUGAUGUCACAGUGACAGCAGACACAUGUGUUGAAGACAAGUCUUUCACCAUAAGACCACUGGGAAUUAAAGACACAUUGACAGUGACCCUAUCUUCAAACUGUGAGUGUGAUUGUAAAGACCCACAGGACAGCCAUCACCCACACUGCAACGGCACGGGAAGAGUUAGCUGUGGUAUUUGCAGCUGCAGUGAAGGCUCCAUUGGUCAGUUCUGCGAGUGCUCUAUUGGGGAAAAAGACGAGGUCACGCUGCGAGCAUCCUGUCAGAGGGACAACGGCACCGAGUGUGAGGGCCGAGGAGAUUGUGUAUGUGGCAGGUGCCAGUGCCACACCACAGAGAGUGGAAGUAGUUACCAUGGUGACUUCUGCGAGUGUGACGAUGAACACUGUGAGAAGUUCCAGAAUAAACUAUGUGGAGGAAACGGUAAAUGCAAUUGUGGCAGCUGUGAAUGCUUUUCAGGCUACGAAGGUUCAGCCUGUCAGUGUAAGGUGUCUGAGGAGGGCUGUCGGACCCUCAACAACACUGUGUGCUACAACAGAGGAACCUGCAAGUGUAACCGCUGUGAGUGUAAGGGGGGAUACCAGCAUCCACGAUGCCAAAAAUGCCUCAGCUGCCUAGAUCCCUGCCAGACCAAACUGAACUGCAUUGAAUGCCUUGGCUUUGAGUCCGGUCCCUUUAGAAAAAACUGCAGUGUGGCUUGCAGCAAAAGCAUUUAUCACGAGAUGGUUGAUAAGUUCACCAUACAAAGCAAGAAGUGCCAGCAGAAGGACACGGAGGGAUGCUGGAUCAAGUACAAACUGGACCAGCUGGUCGGAGAAGAUCACUACAAGGCUGAAAUUAUCAAACAGAGAGACUGUCCGGAGCCCCCCAGUGUCAUAGCUAUCAUCGGGGGCUCCAUUGCAUCUGUUGCUCUCAUUGGCAUCCUGAUGCUGAUGCUCAUCAAGCUACUCAUCUACAUGAAGGACAUAAAAGAAUUCAGAAAAUUUGAAAAUGAAAAGAAGAAAUCCAAGUGGGCAGAGGGAGCGACCACCUGA